UGGAGGAAAGGUAAAAAAAUCUAGCCAAUCGCUCGAGAGUGAAGCUCGCACUUCGGCGGGAACCCACGACCAUGCCACUGCCACCUCGGCUGCCAACAUGGCUCAUCACCUUGGCUGCCUGUGCCACCGGAGUCAUUUCCCAGGUCCAAGUAGCUGGGGGCCGAGGACACAUACCCAACAGUCCAGCCAUAGGGACAAAUAACGUACCUGGAGGACAGGUGCAGAAAUCACGUUAUGGCACCAAGACAAGUGGGAUCAACGUCGGUGCGUCUGCCAUGAGCCCAGAUAAUAUACAACCCGAAUUCCCGCCGCAUCCGGGCUCGGGCACGAAAGCAACUGGAAGCAACCUGAGAGGAACCGUCGUACGGACGGGAAAUGCACCAAGCAGGUUUCCGGAGCGGCCCGGUUUCAGUGUCCAGUCAAGUGGGACCAACGUGAGAGAGAAUGCCAUACGUACUGGCAGUGCACCAUCUGGUUUUCCACAGCGCCCAAGCUUCGGCGUCCAGAGCAACGGCGGGGACAAUAAGGAAAGGAAUGCCAUACGUGCCGGUAUCGGACCUAGUGGAUUGCCAGGGCGUCCAGGUUCCGACACGGAAGCGACCUUCGUACGAAGCGGUAGCAGGCCAAGUGGAUUUCCACAUCGUCCAGAUUCGAGCGUUCCGGGCAGCGGGAGUAACGUGGGAGGGAAUUUCAUGCGAACCGGUAGCAGGCCAAGUGGAUUUCCACAGCGUCCAGAUUCGAGCGUUCCGGACAGCGGGAGUAACGUGGGAGGGAAUUUCAUGCGAACCGGUAGCAGGCCAAGUGGAUUUCCACAGCGUCCAGAUUCGAGCGUUCCGGACAGCGGGAGUAACGUGGGAGGGAAUUUCAUGCGAACCGGUAGCAGGCCAAGUGGAUUUCCACAGCGUCCAGAUUCGAGCGUUCCGGGCAGCGGGAGUAAUGUGGGAGGGAAUUUCAUGCGAACCGGUAGCAGGCCAAGUGGAUUUCCACAGCGUCCAGAUUCGAGCGUUCCGGGCAGCGGGAGUAAUGUGGGAGGGAAUUUCAUGCGAACCGGUAGCAGGCCAAGUGGAUUUCCACAGCGUCCAGAUUCGAGCGUUCCGGGCAGCGGGAGUAAUGUGGGAGGGAAUUUCAUGCGAACCGGUAGCAGGCCAAGUGGAUUUCCACAUCGUCCAGAUUCGAGCGUUCCGGGCAGCGGGAGUAACGUGGGAGGGAAUUUCACGCGAACCGGUAGCAGGCCAAGUGGAUUUCCACAGCGUCCAGAUUCGAGCGUUCCGGGCAGCGGGAGUAAUGUGGGAGGGAAUUUCAUGCGAACCGGUAGCAGGCCAAGUGGAUUUCCACAGCGUCCAGAUUCGAGCGUUCCGGACAGCGGGAGUAACGUGGGAGGGAAUUUCAUGCGAACCGGUAGCAGGCCAAGUGGAUUUCCACAGCUUCCAGAUUCGAGCGUUCCGGGCAGCGGGAGUAAUGUGGGAGGGAAUUUCAUGCGAACCGGUAGCAGGCCAAGUGGAUUUCCACAGCGUCCAGAUUCGAGCGUUCCGGGCAGCGGGAGUAAUGUGGGAGGGAAUUUCAUGCGAACCGGUAGCAGGCCAAGUGGAUUUCCACAGCGUCCAGAUUCGAGCGUUCCGGGCAGCGGGAGUAACGUGGGAGGGAAUUUCAUGCGAACCGGUAGCAGGCCAAGUAGACUGCCACAGCACCCAGACUCUGGCGUCCAAGUAAGCGGAAACAAUGUGGGAGGGACUGCCAUACAUAGUGGCAUUGAGCCAAGUGGAUUUCCACGUCACCCAGGUUCGAGCGUGGGAUGGACUUUCAUACGGACAGGGAACGCGCCAAACGAAUUUCCACAGCGCCCAGACUCCAGUGUCCAAAUGAGCGGGAACAGUAUCGGAGGGAAUGUCAUGCGAACGGACAGCGUACCAAAUGGAUUUCCCCAAUUUCCGCGUCCCGACAUCCGGACAAAUGGAAACAACGUCGGAGAGUCUUUCGUACGGACGAACAGAGUGUCAGUUGGAUUUCCGCAGCGUCCAGGUUUCGGCGUCCCAGAAAGGGGGAACGAUGUAGGUUCGACCAUUAUAAAGACGAAUAUUAUGCUUGGCGGAUUCCCACAAGGGUCUGGCUUUGGUCUCCACAACAUCGUAAACGGUGUUGGGGCACAGAUCUUGCGAGACGAGGCUCCAUUGAUCCGCGAGAUCGAGGCGAAGAUGCACGUGGGACGCGAGAUGGAGCGCAACCUGACCGCCGUUCGCGACGCCAUCCGCCAGGAGAUGGUCAACGCCAGAGGCAUAGGCACCAUACGGAGGAUCAGGAUGAACAGGAGACUGGGAGAGCUGGAAUCGCGCAUCAAGCUGCUGCACGGAAAGAACCAAGAAGGUGAAAGAAGGUUUCGAGCGUUCAUGAGCGGCAUCGCGUCUGGCGAGAUCAGCGACCGGCGGAGCGCUCACACGAUCCUGGGCAACAUCUUCAACUUCUACGGCACGGUCGUCGAGAAAAUCAUCGCCGUCUGCCGGGGCUUUGCGGGAGGCAUCAUCAACUUCUACAAGAGGAUCUUCCUGGGCGUGGGGAGCACGAUCCACAGGCUUCUGAGGUUGAAGCUGCGACCGCUCCAAGCCGGCAUCAACAUCAUCGCCGGAAUCUAGUCGCGGGUGCGCAAAUUAAAAUUACGACGCGUGUACACUGGGA